UAUAAGUUCACCUGCAGAGCCGCACAGCUUCAGUCCAAACAGGUGGAGACUUAGAAGCUUGAUUCUGUCCAGUUUUUAAUCAUGGAGUCUGAGCGGUAUCCCAUCAGCGUCCAGUUAGUCGGAGUGAUGCACAAGGAGAAGAAGAAACUGUACGUGACCUCGGUGCUGUGGUCGGACCAGAGCGACAUCGUAGUUUACAGGAGUUUUCGGGAAUUCAAGAAAAUGCACAAACAAAUGAAGAAAGCAUUUCCACCCUCAGACAAACUACGGAAGUCUGACAGGAUCAUCCCCAGGUUUCGAGAUGGAAAGAUGAGGCAGAAGAGCCCGAAGAAGGGUCCCAACAAGUCGAUGGUGCGGCUGAAGUUUCUGCAGAAAUAUUGCAGUGAGCUUCUGAGCUGCGACCCUCGAGUCUGUCAGUCUGCAGGACUCCUCCAGUUCUUCCACCCCAAAGACCAGGACCUGCAGCCGGAGUUUGCCAAGAACAGCAUCAUGGUCAUGCCUUCAGAAGAUGAAAUAAGAAGCGACGUAGGCGGCGGUAACGUGACACAUCCAUUUGUCACCGAGACGUACAGAUGUGUGGCUGCGUAUGAGACCAAAGACACCAAGAACAAAGCCUUCAAAGUGGCCCUGGAUGAAAAAGUGGACGUUCUCAUCAAAGACAAAGCAGGAUGGUGGCUUGUGGAGAACGAAGCCAAGCAGAUGGCCUGGUUUCCUGCACCCUAUCUGGAGAGCCUGGAUGAUGAUGAUGGGGAUGAAGAUGAGACGGAUGGGACUUCUGGAAGAGGAUCGCUUUACACCGCAGUUCGGAGCUACAAGGCCACCAAAGACGACGAGAUAACCGUAACCAUCGGAGCAACUGUGGAGGUCCUGCAGAAGUCUGACAACGGCUGGUGGCUCAUCAGAUAUAACGGUAAAGCCGGCUACAUCCCCACCAUGUACCUGCAGCCCUACAGCCGUCCCCACAUUCGUAUGGCGGCCGCCCCCUCCAUCCUAGAGCAGCAGUCCAACCUCAGCCACUCCCACGGAAACCUGCUGCAGCUUCCACCCACCAGGUCCUACACGCCUCUCCAGCCAGACAGCAGGCACAAGUCCAGAUCUCUGGACGUUUUAUCCGAACCGCCUCCCGCCCCGGUUUUAAGAAGGCCAGCUGCUCCUGCAAACACCUCAGCCGUCUCCUCUGCAAACUACCCACCUCCUCCGCCCACCAUCACAGUGGAGAUGGAUGGAGAUGAGGGGCAGCCCAGGAGCCUGAGGGCCAACAGUCAGGGCAGCUUCGAGAGCGACAGCACCGACUUCAGCUUGAGCGACGACCUCAGCUCCUCCUCGGCGAGCUCCACCUUAAACCUGAGCCUGAGCUACGCCGAGCAGCUUCGCCUCAGCCGGACGCCUCCACCGAUGCCGUGGAAACACCUGACCUCAAUGGACACCCCGCAGGGAAAAAUAAUACCCAGCGUCUCCGACCCAAACCUCUACAAGGGACCCUCGACGCCCAAAGUGCCGCCCAGACCGCAGGCCCAGGAGAUCCUCAGCCGCUGCACCUCCAUCACCCGAAAGAACGCCGGCAAGGGCGGCCUGGCACCCACGCAGACUGAAAUAAUCAGCCGGUGAAACCAGCUUUAUUUUUACUAUUUAACUAUCUAUGUAUUCUAUGACACAAGGAUGGAGUUACAAGACUUUUUUUUUCUUUUUCUUUUAUAUAUAAAUAUGCCUUUUAAUACUUUAACAAAGCCUACAUUAUUCUCCUCCUCACUAUUGCUUUUAUUUUCCAUACUGAAAACCUUGUGCUUAUACGCAUUUAGACUGUUACAGGUGAACAUAGAGAUUAAUUUUGUUCUUUUGACUGCAGAAAGGUACAUGUUUGUCUGAAAUGCCGGCAUGUGCAGGUCAAUCAGGCUGCUGCUAACACAACUCCAUCAAAAUCUACUGGAAAAACCUUGAUGUUGACAGUUAAUACUGAAUAUUCACUCCAUGUAUGGAUGUGCUCAUGUUACAGAGGAGCUGAGAACAAAUAAAAAACAUUUUUCAAAA